AUGUCAUUUCCCGCUAUUGAGCCAUCUACCUCCCACAGCAGUUCCUCUCGCUCCUCUAGCUCCUCUAGGACAUCGCUGGCCCAAUUAACUCAAGAGAAGGCUGCCAGCAAGGGAGUUUCAGCAACCGAGGCUAAAAUCCUUGAAACACUCGAGGCAAUUUUGCUUCAAGUUGAGAGGAACUCAAGGAUGCUCACCAUGCUUUUUUCGAACAAGGAAUCUUUGGAAGAGAGAGAGGAUCUACCAGAAGAAGUCGACCUUCCCUUGCCCACGUACGACUCUGCAAAGGAUUUGGAUCAGCGGCUUGCCGAAAACCAGACUCUUAAAAAAUCAUUGAUUAAGCGCCUCUCAUUGAUCGGCGGUGCCACCUUAGGAAAGGUGGUUCGAGGGAUCAUGGUUGAUCUGGUGUCAACAGCCUUGGCCACACAGUGCAAUUGGGUUGGGCAGAGAGGGCCAAAAAAGCCUUUUAGUGUUCUCAAGAACAUUUUCUCUGUGAUAAUCAAAUCAGUGCGACGAAACGGGGGGCAUGAAAAUGCCAGCCAAGAGGCAGUGCGGGAUGCAGUGUCCAACCAUCUCCGCUACAGCUUUGAUUUGGAUGGACGUGGGUCCAUCCGCAAGAAAAAAUUCAAGGAUGGAAGAACCACGGAGACCACUGCAGACCCUUCAAGUGAGCCGGACAGUGACACUGAGACAUGAAGGAGGUGUGAAGGAUAUAUUGGACAAUUUUGGCUGUUUUUGCACUUUUAGGAAAAGCCAUUCUUUUUCGUUUUUGCUUUUCUUUUGACUUGUAAAAAGGGCUUUGUGGUUUGCAGAUGAGUGUCCCUAGUCGACUGGGGCAAUUUACAUUCAACC